AGCUGCUCUAUCAGUAGGUGCGCAAAGUGAGGGAAUUGACUGUGCCGUAGCUUCUAGAACUACAAGUUGUCUUCUAGUAUUAUUAAAAAAUAAAGACAUUAAACUGAAUUAGCGCGACAGGAUUGAGAUGUUACAGUUAAGGGCUUCAAUUGUGCUGAAGGAGUUGAUUCAAACCAGCCCAAGGCGUUUGUUUUCUGACAUUAUAAGGCAUAAGAAGACUUUACCAAACGCGUACAUCUACAGCGCUGCUUAUCCGGAUGGCAGAAUAUCUCAAUUAAAGACUGUCUGUAAUGGAAGACCUUUCAUUCUGCCUUUAGCUGGGAGAAGAUUCCUGUGUACAAAGACCGAAGGAGCGAUUGACCCUACAGAACCGGUGAAGAAAGAUGAGUCCGUCCAGGAAGCGACGGCAGAGAAGAGAAGGAAGGCUGGCAUCCUGCCCAGCUUGGAAGACCUGCUGUUUUACAGUAUUGCUGAAGGCCAGGAGAGGAUCCCAGCUCACAAAUUCAUUACCGCACUGAAGGCCACUGGACUUCGAACGGGAGAUCCACGGCUAAAAGAAUGUAUGGACAUGUUGAAAGUCACCCUCAAAUCCACAUCAGAUGGUGUAAUGCUGGACCGACACCUGUUCAAAAACUGCACCUAUUAUUCCUAUAACUAUAAUAACCCCAAAGGCAAUUACCCUGGUAAAUCAAGACACACAGUGGGUGACACUAAAGUGCCAUUUUGCCUGCAGUCAUGCGUGAAGCCGCUCAAGUACGCUAUUGCCGUGCAUGACCACGGCACUGAAUAUGUGCACCGAUUCAUUGGGAAAGAGCCCAGCGGCUUACGCUUCAACAAGCUCUUCCUGGAUGAGGACGACAAACCCCAUAAUCCAAUGGUGAAUGCUGGUGCAAUCGUGUGUACCUCUCUUAUCAAGCAAGGGGCAAGCAAUGCUGAGAAGUUUGAUUAUAUGAUGAGCUUCUUGAAGAUGAUGGCAGGAAAUGAAUAUGUUGGUUUUAGCAAUGCCACAUUCCAGUCGGAGCGUGAGUCAGGAGACAGGAAUUUCGCUAUUGGCUAUUACCUGAAAGAAAAGAAGUGCUUUCCAGAUGGUACAGACAUGACUGCUGUUCUGGACCUCUACUUUCAGCUGUGCUCCAUCGAGGUAACGUGUGAGAGCGCUAGCGUCAUGGCUGCCACAUUGGCCAACGGUGGCUUCUGUCCAAUCACAGGCGAGCGUGUGCUGAGCCCCGAGUCCGUGCGAGACACCCUCAGCCUCAUGCACUCCUGCGGCAUGUAUGACUUCUCCGGACAAUUCGCCUUCCAUGUGGGUCUACCAGCCAAGUCAGGUGUGGCUGGCGGUAUUCUGCUGGUUGUGCCCAAUGUGAUGGGUGUCAUGUGCUGGUCUCCUCCGUUGGACAAACUUGGCAACAGUGUCCGGGGCAUCCAGUUCUGUACGGAUCUGGUGUCCUUGUUCAACUUCCACAACUACGACAACCUGAGGCACUUCGCCAAGAAGCACGAUCCUCGCAGAGAGGGAGGGGAGCAGCGGGUGAAAUCUGUCAUCAACCUCCUCUUUGCUGCCUACACAGGAGAUGUUUCUGCUCUCAGAAGGUUUGCACUGUCCUCCAUGGACAUGGAGCAGCGGGACUAUGACUCCAGGACGGCGCUGCAUGUAGCAGCCGCUGAGGGACAUAUUGAGGUUGUGCGUUUUCUGUUAGAGGCCUGCAAGGUGAAUCCUGGUCCCAAGGACAGGUGGGGCAACAUGCCUAUAGAUGAGGCGACACACUUCGGUCAUCAUGAGGUGCUCGCGCUUCUACAGGAGUACAACAAUAAAUACAACCCACCGGUGAACACUGACGCAGACAAAGAGAGUACAGAGAAAAACCUGGACGGGAUGCUGGAGACGUAACCAUUUCCACUAGCACUAGAGGACACUCUUCUGGAGCAGCCCAGUGAAGACUGCUCCAGCUCAAUAUCAGUGUUUUUUUGGGGGGGAACAAAAUCAGUACAUUUUUUUUUGUUUCACGUUGUCUCCUGUAGUUUUACAUGCUUUUGUGAGAAGUUUUUGGCUUGUUGACAGCUUCUUCCUUGCAAGAAAGGGCGUAAGUCAUGAUGAUGGCCAUAUUUAAUGGUGCGAAACGACUCUCAGUAGACGCUAUAAUUGUAUGUUCAACCCUUUCGUGCCUGUGUAAAGUUGAUUGAGGUGUGGGGAAUGAUGACUACAGCGAUGACAUUGCUGUCCCGAGGGCAAACGCCUAAACUCAAGCAUAAAGAAUGACACCAAACAAUCCUGUUUAGGAAUUCAGGAGCAUUAAAAACUGAGAAUUUGCUCACAACAUUUAAAAGCUGCUGGCCAACAUAUCUUCUUUCUUUAUGUUGGGGGAAAAAAAGUAGCUUAGCAGAACGUAAUGAAAAUCGUGACGCGAGACUAUUGCAUUUCCAUUACCAAACAAUCGGUCGAGUGUUGCCACAAAAGACAAUUAUCAUUAAGAUAAGGAAUGCGAGAACGAGUCGUGUGUAAAAUUCGAAAAUUAUUUAAAGGCUUGCAUGCAUUUUGUACAUGUGUAUCACUUUUAUUUUAUUGUACUUCAUUAUUUGAACAUUUUAACCACUGCCAAAUACAUCGUUAUUUUUUAGUAUUUUUUAUUUUAGUCUUCACCUUAUUACCAGAUAGAUGGUCUAUAUAUAUUCGUCAAUGCACUCAUAGUUUAAAUAUUUACAUGCAGAGCCCCCAAAAUGACUGCAUUUUGAGAAAGCACACAAUGUUGUAAUCUGAGAACAAAAGCGAUCAAAAAUCAAAUAAAAGACACUGCAUUUGUGCAAACCAUCUGUGCAUUUACGUAUAUUUUAUGAAGUGUUAAAUUACUAUAAAUGUAGUUUAUUGUAAGACAGUUGUUUUAGCAGUGAAAACUGAUGUCACACUGGGACCAAACACUUGAAGAAAGUCAGUUGGACAUAACUUAAGUUCAUGUCAAAGUAAAUGAAUGGAAACUGUUUUAAAGACACUUCAGCACUAUUCAGUAUUCUUUGACGCAAAUAUUUCUUGCAGAUUUCUAUUAGACUGUAUCUGGCUCACUCAAGCCGGUGUGUGUACAUGUGCAGUUAAAGCAAUGGUUGAUGUGCAAUAAUGAAUAAAAUUGUGUUAGUAAUUAAAAGGGUGUAAUUUUACUUAUACAUUAUACGUGGACAAACCCACACAAAACACUGAAAUUCUGACUGGAAAAAAAUGUCCCAGUUAACUGGAAUUCAAAUAUAUAACUCAAAAGUAAUACCAUUAAAACCUCAACUAUCAGCACAAAUCAUGUUCAAGGUGAAACAGUGCAGGAUGAGCUACUCACCAAAAUAUAAUACUAACCAUGAGCAACACUACCAGUGAUGCAACAAGAAUAUUUUCUUACAUUUAUGCAUUUUAUCCAAAACAACUUACAAUGCAUUCAAGGUAUACAUUUGAUCAGUUAUCUGGGAAUCGAACACAUUUGCAUUUCUACCCUCAUUCUCUACCAGUUCAAAACCUAAAUCCUCUAGAUCUGAUGAGUCUGACAGAUCAUGUUCAAUCGUGUCCAGCCCGUGGUCUUCAUUGGCAUGC